UAAAUAAAUAGAAUAAUUAGAGGAAAAUGGCUUAUAUUAAUGUAGCCGAAUGGUCUCCGGAACAAGUGACCGACUGGAUAAAAGGUCUGGAUGACUCGAUGUAUAAAUAUGUGUUCUCCUUUCAUAAUAAGAAAGUCGGUGGUCACCAGCUAUUGAAUAUUAGGCCUUAUGAGCUGGAACAGCUAGGCAUGACUUCCAUCGGCCACCAGGAAAUAGUUUUGGAAGCUGUGGAAAAUUUGAGAAACUUUCACUUCAACUUGGACAAGGAAAACCUACAAUUUAUGGCGCUGCAUGUGGCGACCGCUGCUCGUUGCCUCCACCGUCAACUGGCGCUGAAAACGGGAGAGACUAUGAUUGAGACGCAGGUUCUCAACGAUAUUACGCGAACAAUUGCCACAAUCAAGCCUUUGAUAUGUUGGCUGGACCGAUCACCUUUCCUCGGCCAGUUUCAGUUUACUGAAAUUUGUCGAAAAAUGCUCAGACUAGGUUUGGAAAUGGCAACGAUCGCACAAAGAGAGCGCUUCGUAGAGCGACCAGUAGAACAAAUUCGGACGACGGCUGAGACAUUGGAACGUUUAGCUAACUACAUUAUUCAGGACAUCACUGAUCCGAUGCUACUACAACCGGCGUCCCUUAAUUUAGUUACUUUGAAGAAGAGGGAGUCUGAACUUGGUUUCAAUAUUGAAACUAGCUACCAUGGGGUUCAUCGGGUAACAGAUAUUAAACACAACUCACCAGCGCACAAUUCGGGAAAAAUAGAAGACGGCGAUGAAAUAGUUCAGAUAAACUAUCAAACGGUGGUUGGGUGGCAAUAUAAAACAGUACUACUACAGUUGAGGGAAUCAUUGCCCGAUGUAUUGCUAACACUCAAGAAACGGCCAAAACACACAAAAAUUUAUGGUCAGAUUUACAUGCAACCAUAUCGCCUUCCUAGCAAGAAACGGAACAUUGGGACGCGAUGGGGAGAAAAUGUCCCAAGCCCCCGACCAGGAUUUCUUGAUGUCCCCGAGACUACAUUCAAAAUGCCUCCGUUGACAUUGAACGUGGAAAAUGAGAAAAACGAUGAUGCUGAUACAGAUUCCAUAUGCAGUGAUAUUUUAACUCCGACGGACGCCAAAGUUUUGGAGAAGGAAAGUCGUUUGUAUUAUCCGAAGCCCAGAGCAAUGCUACAAAGACGAAAUACUAUUUGCGGGGAUGAAGUCAUGCGACACAAAAGCUUAGGUGUUGUGUCCCAUUGGAUUGAGAGCAAAUCUGGCAUAGGAGGAGAUCCCUCAUCACCCAGUUUACGAGACAAAUCAGUUUCCUUUGGUUUUGGGCUCGAAAUUAAUCCGAGGCCUACGACAUGCAUAGGUAUUAGUGGCGGAUCUAAUUCCAAAUACGUUGGCGAGUUCAACGAUAAGAAAUUGCGUAAAAUCGUUGAGCAGUCUAGUGAUAAGUCACUCUCAUCCAAACCUGGAGUAUGCAAAGUGGUGCGCUUCGAUGCCACAAUGAAGGCUGAGGAUUACCCACUUGACGAAAAGUACACAUGCAAUGUUCAGAAUACAAUAUUGGAGACAUUUGAACCGAUUCCAUUUGCGGACGAAGAGGAAGAUGGCACGGAGUCGCUACGAUUUGCUCAAGAAAAAUCAGACGUAUCAGCAGAGGGCCCUAACAAGGAAAACAUUAGCAAUAAAAACUCCUUGGUUGAGACCAUAAAUAUUCCAGUGGUAGUAAGACGAGGUAGACUUGAUAAAAGUCAUAGUACGCCGGCCUAUGAUAACUCUGGCGAGGACUCCGAUACACCUCCUGCCAUUGAACCAAGAAAGGAAUUUUUAAUAGUAACGCCACCUGUACCCCCGCCACGCCCCAAAAAGCUACACGAAAUGAGUCCACGCACAGUCCCCAUUCCUCCACCCAAACCCCCAGGCCUAAUGCAAGGAAUAACCACAUCGCCUGUACCUCUGAAAACACAACAAAUUCAGCAUGAAUCGUCACAGCCGAAAAUGACCACGAAUAGUCCGAAUGUAUCGCCGAACAAUGCAGGGGAUGCCAGUGCGAUCCAUAAUAGUACAUUUUCGCUGGCAGCCACAAGUGAUGCUCCAACAGAAGGAAGUGAAAUUCACACUCCUACAAAAACCAGAACAUUGACACUGAAAAAGAAACACAGUUUGAUUAGCAAGAGGAGAAAUGUUAAUCUGAAAAUUCUAGGUACUGGCGACAUUCAGGGUUACCUGUACCGAAGGACCAAAGACAAACGAGGUGUCACUUUCUGGGAUCGUUUGUACUUCGUAAUGUUGGACACAAUUUUAUAUGGCUUCCGUUCCAAAGAAGCCUCGAAGGCGAACUGUGUAAUUUUUCUUCCAGGUUUUACAGUUUCAUUAGCAAAGGAGGUCCAUUCGAAACCAUUUGCCUUUAAGGUCUACCACUCGGCAAAGACUUUUUACUUCGCUGCCGAAUCACAAGAUGCACUGAACCAAUGGGUAGAAUUUAUAAGAGUGUCCACAUUAGCGCAACAUACCAACACACUAAACGGGUCAGAGGCAGAAAUAGACUCUAGCACAUUGUUCUCAGAAAAUGAUAGCUCCAGUGAAGAAAGUGAAUCUGUCGUUACAAAAAAUCUUUGCACUCCUUCUCCGCAAGCAAAUAGGGAAAUGUCGGUGUCUUCGGCCUCAGUUCAAACAAAAACGCCAAAUUCGACACCUAUAUCUACAAAGAGCGAUCGACGCUACCUGGGUUCCUUGAGAAAACUUACGAAGGGCUCAUUGCAAUUUAAAAGUUCUUCUGCUAAUGAGAAAAAAAUGUCCAAUGAUAUUCCUGUGCCUACAGACCAAUUCCGGUCAUAUCGUAAAGUACCUGGUGGUAAUUCUGGCAUUCAGAUUGGAACAAAUGCUCCCGUGUAUCAAGAUUCGUCUCUACACCCAAUCAAUGUGUCUAGCACUAAUGUUCACUGCGGAGAACAACAGCAGUCAACACUACUGCCUCAACAGCAGCCCCAGCAACGACAGCCUGUUCAACAACCGCAACAACAACAUACCGUAGCGUUGACUUCUACUAACGAAAAAACUGUUCAUUCACACCCGAGACAAACGUCAAGUGGAUGUGAAACAUCUAUGGUGAGCCUGGAACCGCCCUCAUCGCCAGCACCCGUGCCGCUCAUUUAUAAGGAUGCCACAUCCAUGACGUCAAAUCAAUCCAAGGGUGUGACGAGCCCUAGCAAGAGUGUGAAGAAAAUACCGUACAACUUCAUUCAUGCCUCAAAUCCCAAUUUAGUGGAGUUCGAUUUCCAAACAUCACGGACUUUAGACUACAAUUUACCGAAAAUUAAUUCAACUAAUGCGUGGGAUGCCCUUCCCACUAACAUUCAAGGCUUUGUAACUCUAAAGGAUUUGAUGCUACAGAAGCAAGAAGAGGAGGCCCAAGAAAUGUACAAUAACCGCGUUCUAUUAGGCGUAGAAAAGAAGGAAGAUCACAAACGAAACGUUGCUCAGAGGCAACAAAAUCAAGGUAAUGGAUUACCUGACGAUGGCGGUGGGGGCCAACAUUGCGAAGAUCAAAAAGUUUCAAAGACUCAGAGCCGCAGUCUUCCUAAACCGCCUGAUUACGAAAUUAGCUUUAAGCCAGACGAUGAAGAUAUACAACUUACGCGGACAAAAGAAGGAUUAAAAUUAAGAGAUUUUGGCUAUGAACUCAUAUCUGGCGAUGAACCAUUGGGUGCACCAUCAACUACUGCUCGACAAUACCUUCAAAGUAAUCGUCAUUUGACGCAGCACACAGAUAUGCACGACACCAUGUGUAGUAGCAGCAAUUGGACCUCUGCUAUGAAAUCAAAGUCAUUUUUACUCUCCUCGAAUAAGCUUAAAAAGAACUCCACAAGUAGUAGCUGUUCAUCUGCCGAUUUUAAUAUUGGUCCUGGGGGCGAACGUAGACUAGGCAGUUUUAAGAAGAAAGGAAAACUGGAAACUUUUAAGACCUCUAGUGAGAGAAUUUUCCAAUUUGGCAAACAUGGAUCCUCCAGCAGCGCCGCAGGAACGACAAUGACUUUGCCCCUUAACAAAAAGACGAGCAAUUUGUCCAGCGAUGCCUGCGGAAAUUCUGGCAUUAAGAAAAGUCAAACAUAUAACAACGAACUGAAGGAAAAAGCUGGUAAAUACGAUGCUCAACGAAAAAAUUCUGCUCCAAUGCCAAUAUUUGGUAAGUUGAGUUUUUCUAGCUCCUCUUCGGCGCCAAACGCAAAUAACAAAAACGAUAGCAAGAAGGACAAGAAAAACUGCAAUUCGCCCCUAUUCCAUCGGACACUUUUCGGUCAUCAAAAUAAUGCUAAUAGCCAGCAAGAACAUAUAAGCGGAAGCAAUGCAUACACUGGCCGAGAUUAUGACCAGGAGAUUUUUUCUCAAGUCGUGUUUCCCAAGAAGAAUUCCAACCGUAAACAAUCUAUUGUAACGCCAGUUGCUAACAAUGAUAUUAUAACUGCCCCUGAUGUAACUGCGCCGCCACCUCCAUCGAAGGCUAGUAACGCUAAUGAUAUUCCACAAUCAGUUUCCGGCGUUUCAACCACCGAGUACCCCAACAUGGAAUGUCCUCCAGUCUUCGAACCGGACAUCUACUCAUUGGAUCCAAAUGCCAGCCUCUUACUGAGACGAAAUAAUAAUAACAACCACAACAGUAGAGAAAACGAAAACAACUGA